CGGGGGCGGUGCCGCCGCCGCGUUGGUUCCUGCUUCCCGGGCAGCCCGGGGGAUGCGCGGUGCUGCCGGGCACCCGCACGUCUGUCCUCCCGCAGCGGCGGUGCCCAUGGCGGCGGAGCCGCAGCCCAAAGCUCUGACCCGCAAGCCCCUCCUGCUCAAUAAAGUGGAGGGCUCGCAGGAGGUGGUGAACAUGGCAGCGAUCGUGCCCAAGGAGGACGGGGUCAUCAGCGUCUCCGAGGACAGAACAGUUCGUGUCUGGCUGAAGAGAGACAGUGGACAGUACUGGCCCAGCAUAUACCAUGCAAUGCCAUCUCCAUGUUCAUGCAUGUCUUUUAACCCGGAAACCAGAAGGCUGUCCAUAGGUCUAGACAAUGGUACAAUCUCAGAAUUCAUUUUGUCAGAAGAUUAUAACAAGAUGACACUAGUGAAGAGUUACCAGGCUCAUCAAAGCAGGGUCAUCAUGAUUCUGUUUGUCCUGGAGAUGGAGUGGGUGCUGAGCACUGGCCAUGACAAGCACUUCACCUGGCACUGUUCAGAGAGCGGCCAGCGGCUGGGAGGCUACCGCACCAGCGCGGGGGCCUGCGGCCUACAAUUUGAUGUGGAAACCCGGCACGUGUUUGUUGGUGAUCAUUCUGGGCAAGUAACCAUACUCAAAUUAGAGCAAGAGUCCUGCAGCCUGGUGACAACAUUUAAGGGGCACACAGGCGGUGUCACUGCUCUCUGUUGGGACCCAAUACAGCGAGUUUUGUUCUCAGGCAGUUCUGACCAUUCCAUUAUAAUGUGGGAUAUUGGAGGAAAAAAAGGAACAGCCAUCGAGCUGCAAGGACAUAAUGAUAAAGUUCAGUCUCUCUCCUACGCUCACCACACUCGGCAGCUCAUCUCUUGUGGUGCCGACGGGGGAAUAGUUGUCUGGAACAUGGAUGUUGAGAGACAGGAGACCCCUGAGUGGCUGGACAGCGACUCCUGUCAAAAAUGUGACCAGCCUUUCUUCUGGAACUUCAAGCAAAUGUGGGACAGUAAGAAAAUAGGCCUCAGGCAGCAUCACUGCCGCAAAUGCGGGAAAGCCGUCUGCGGCAAGUGCAGCUCCAAGCGCUCCUCCAUCCCGCUGAUGGGGUUCGAGUUUGAAGUGAGGGUCUGCGAUAGCUGCCACGAGUCCAUAACAGAUGAGGAGCGGGCACCCACAGCUACUUUCCACGACAGUAAGCACAACAUAGUUCAUGUACACUUUGAUGCCACUAGAGGAUGGCUGCUGACCUCGGGGACAGACAAGGUUAUUAAGCUGUGGGAUAUGACGCCGGUAGUGUCUUGAUACGUCAGUGGAACUUGAAGGGUGACAUUUGCAGAAGAAGCAGAUUUCCUAACCCUAAUCAUUCUGCAGAAGAUAGAUAAUGCUGGGUGCUUAUGGCGGAUGAGAAAGGAACUCAUGUGUUUACAACGAUUUAUGUCCUCUGCUUGAUCAAGGUUGAACAUUUGCACGAAGACUCUUUCCAUUUAUUCUCAAAAUACACAAGAAGGUAUUUUUUUAACUAACGGUUUGUACGAUCUGACUUCGGUUGUCUUGAGUUUGUUUGGAGAAUCCGUGUGUGGUGCAAUUUUUAGUUUUUAUACAUCAUGAUGUCAGGAUACUUGCUGCUUUGUACCGAGGGUUCUUGGUUUGUGUCUUACCGUGUCAGUUUCCAGUGUAAGGCAAUCAGCUCUCCCCACCUGUGUGUUUGGGAUGUUCCUGCUGACAGUGCUCACUUCAGCAGAAGAGCUCCAGGCACGGCACUGCUCCUUCUGUGGUCGCAUCACCAAGCAUCUGGUGGACUUGCAAUUCCUACCAAGGGCUCUACCAUCCUCUUGUCCUAGAGACAUCAUCUGGAGAGCGUUUUGUUGUUUUGUUGUAGCUAAAGCACGGCUUCCUGCCACUUUCCUUGCUGCACCAGUUGCAAAACCCGGGGGCCAGGUUGCUUAGCAACUUAUUUCUACAAAAGCUGAAAUAGUUUUCCAGCUCGGAGCAUUAGAAAGAGCACACGGACCUGCUUGGAGUCUGAUGAGGCUGAGGAGGAUUCAAAUGAAAUUAUUGACAACAACUUUCAGGAGUGUGUGCAGGGGAAUGGGGGAGCAGAUCUAAAACAGGUCUGGGGUUGAGAAGUCUGUUUUACCUCUACCUCUACCUUGUGCAGCAGCAUUUCAGCAUUUGUACCUGUCUGUGUUGUUGAACAUGAAUUUGAUUUUCUGUUUUCCAUACGUUUAGUCAUAUUUAUUUUUUAAAAUGCCGAUGAUGUUUUUAUUAAUUUCCUCUCUAGAUCAGAAACUGAUAUUGCUGAACAACACUUAUUGUCCUGUUAUCAUAUUUGGCAGUUUCUUUUAAGAAUAAAGAAGUAUUUAAAAAACCUGGAUUGACCAAACUUACCCUUUUAAAAGGAAAGUGUCAAGAUGGAUAAACAAAAGCAAAACUUUUUUUUUCUAGAUCUGUCUUAAAUGAAGAGUCAUCUCUGGGUUCCUCUAAAUCCAUUUUGCUUUUUAACACACUACUGGCAAUGCUCUUGAUCUGCAGGCUGUGUUCCUGUAUCUCCUAUUGAUGCAGGGCUCUGUUGGUCUUUGUGAUGAAAUACAGCGGUCAGCAGCAGUCAGCCUUGCCCCCAUUUUGUACUUUGCUUCUCCCCUCUCGGUGGGAGAUUGUGGUGUUUCUCUCUAUAAAGCACACCGCUACACAGAGAAGAGCUGUACACCUUCACUUGAGAGAGAAUGCAAAAAAAAAAGAAAACAGAACAAAAAAGGUAAGCACCAUUCAUAAUAUUAAUCUGAAUCUGAGGAGCUGCCUCCAUGAAGGUAAAUUCUUCAGGGAAAAUUAUUUUUUUUUUUAUACAUCCUAUAAAUGGUGUUCAAGCAUUCUGCAGCUGUGUUGUCUGAAAUGAUGCCACCCCAGCUUUCCUGGCUGCUCAGCCUGUUGUUGGUUCCCCUCUAUGCAGCAAAUUUUUUAAAGCACAUUUUCAAACAUAUGUCACAUCUCACUAAAAAGACUCACUUUCCUGCUUCAACUUUACUAAUCUUUAAGCCCUCCUACUUUCUUUCCUGGAAGUUAGAUGCUCGUUUCCUCUUGAAAGGCAUGCAAGAUGAGUGAGUCUACUGCCAGAUUUCGUUCCAGCUGGAGAAGAUGUGUGAAACUUUGCUGGCCUGUGCUGUUCCACAUUACCCUGGGCUCUAGGCUUUUUGGCCAGAACUUGCUCUGAUGCCACAGAGAGUAAUUCACAUGGUGGCAGAAACUUGGGAGCACUCAGGUAAUUUAACUCUCUUCCUGAUGAGCCAUAAUGGCUGCAACAGGCUGGGGCCCACAGCAUGAAUUGUGCUUAACAUCAGUGGAGCUCACAAGUCUGCAAGCUGAGGAUCUGCUCGGUGAAUGCUCAGCUCUUCGGGGCACAUCUUAUUCAAACAAAAGUGAGGAACUGACUCCAAAGAUGACCAAAUUUUGGAGCAAGGUAUGUUUUGAACUCUUACAGUAAACUCUUGUCCCCAUCUUCUCUUCCCGAGGAGCUGUGGUUUCAGUGUUGCUGAUGGGUAGAUAUUGGGUAUAUGAACCCAUUUUGCAAACUUUCCCUUGCUGUUUUUUCUAAAUAAACUACCUGGAGGGUUAUUUGGGUUUAACUUGAUGCCCUGUUACCUUGCAGCCCCAGGUCAGACUGGUUGUGACUUAGAAAAUGAUACAAGCUGAAAGGGAAGCUGGGGAAGAAAGAGAAGCAUCUCUCUUUGCUUUUACCUUUAGAACUGUAAUGCAGUGAUGUGAAGGGAAAAUGGGUGUGUUAACUCCAACAAUGAUUCUUUUACCUACCUGUCAACAGUUUACGGGCUGGUUCAGCCCGGUUCCAUGAAACAAGCAGCAUUUUGUACUGUCUACCUAUGUUUACCUUCCUGUCUUGCAUGGCUAGUGUAACCAUAUCUAUUUAUUUUGUCUUCUAGAUCAGCAAAAAAAAGGAUCCCUAUUGCCUGGUCCUUUUCUUUCAAUUAUAACUGUCAAAUAACAAACAUGAGCUGUUUUUAUUUAUUGUAUUACUGGGGGAGGGCAGUGCUGUGUCUUUUGGUACAGAUGUAAGCCACACACUUCACCCACACGGACUCAAACAAAAAGCCUCUCUUCCCCAGGGCUGCUGAACUUCAGCAGCAAGCUUUUAGCGCUGCAUCCUGCUGUGCCAAAGGGUAUACAGACAGUGCUGGCCUUCCCCUGCUCUUGAUUUUAGAAAACUUGGUUUUCAUUUCUCUCUUAGCUGGUGUUUCUGCAGGGGAAAAAGCUGUGCCCUUCAGAGAACCCACCCACCUGGUUUUAAAUGGAGUGGAAUCUGUAGUGUUCAUGCAGGUGGUGAGGAAGGCAUAGGUCGCACAAACAGCCAUGCAGGCUUCAGGUGGCUGAAGGAAGGUAAACAUGAACAUUUACCCUUAUCUGGUGGGUGGCAGCAGGGUUGGUACUGGAUGAUCUCUGAAAGUCCCUUCCAAACCAAACCAUUCUGUGGUUCUAUGAUUCUAUGAAAAGAACGUGGGCAGGAUGGUACCAAUGGUCCUUCUGGAGCGGGAGGCUUAACACCAGGAUUAGAGAUUUUGAAACAGGAGAAGGCAUAAUAGGAGUAAAAGUCUGUCAGUCAGAAUUGCCCCAGAUGGUGGCAUUGGUGUCCUCAUCUGCUCUCUUUCCUGUCGCUACUACAAUGAAGCCCAUUUGACCUUCUGCCUUGUGGAUGUCAGCACGUUGACUCCUGGCACAUUAAAAGUGAUAACAGCUCUUCACCUGAGAGUGUGGCAUGAAUACAUCCUGUACUGUGGGAAGGAGAGGUGCAUUCCCUCUGCAUGGCUUGGCUGCUGAUAAGAAGAUGGAUGGCCAGACACACAAAAACGAUUGUACAUGUUCCAAAAAAAAUGCUAUAGGAAUAAGAAAAGUUAACUUUAUGUGUGCUGAGGGUGUCACAGUUGGAGAGGAAUAACCAACCUCUCCCCCAGCUGUGUCUAGAGCUCGGCCAGUACAAGAGAGACAUGGAUAUACUGGAGAGAGUUCAACAAAGGGCCAUAAGGAUCAUGAAGGGCCUGAAGCACCUCUCCUGUGAGGAGAGGCUGAGAGAGCUGGGGCUGCUCAGCUGGAGAAGAGGAGGAGACUCAGGGGGAUCUCAUCAACGUUCAUAAAUCUCUGAAGGGUGGAUGCCAGAGCCAGGCUCUGUCAGUGGUGUCCAGCGUGAGGACCAGAGGCCAUGGGCACAAACUGGAGCACAGGAGGCUCCCUCUGAAUGCCGGCAGCCCUUCUGUGCUGUGCA